AUGAGAAAAAGAACAGUCGAACCCACAAACCACAUCGGUAACGAUGUCAACAAUCCAGACUCAAUUCACAAAAAAUUAAAAACAUUCUCCAAUACUCCCACCACCAACCGACCAGCAAACUUAACCAUCAACAACAAAAACAUUUCGUUUUAUAACUUAGAUUUCCCUAAGGAGGAUAAAGAUUUCACCGAAAUAUAUAAUAGAAAUUCUAAGUGGUACUGCAAAGAUAAAACUAGCCACAUUUUUGUCCCUAAAGACCAUUUACCGUAUUCUAUAGAAAAUCAUCUGGACCAAGCUAAUUAUAUCUACCAUGUUAUAAUAAAUCUGUAUAUCUCAAUUGCCUCUUUGGAUAUUCAAGGUCUUAUCUCCAUCUCACACAAUGAUCUUUCUGCAAUAAUAAAUAUUGGUACUAGUAAUACUAGUAGUGAUGGUACUAGUAACUGCAGUAGUAGCAGUAGUAAUAAUGGUAUUGGUACUACUAAUACAACUACUAAUACAACCAUCAUUGCCAAUCCCAUUACUACUCCCACUACUACUAUCACUACCACUACUACUAUCACUACCACUACCACUACCACCACCACCAGUCAUAUUAAUAGUAGCGGAAAUACUAGUAGUGUUGACGAUGUGGACGAUACAGAUGUAAUAGAUGAUGACGACAUGAAUGCCGAAUUAGAAGAAUGUUUGGAAUUGGAGGAAGGAGAGAUAUCUAACGAAGAUGACUAUUUAGACACUAUGGGCCCCAACUUCAAUGUCAUGGGUAAAAUCACUAAUAGAUCCUCGUUUAUCAUUAAUGUCAACCAUUGGACAAACGAAUUGAAAAAUUGCCUGGAUUUCCCCUUGCCUCUGGAACUAAGAAAGGCUUUGAUAUCCACAUACUACUAUCUCUCCUUGACUAAGGGCCAAAAGAUUUAUAGACAGCUAUAUGUAGAAACAUUGGAAUUAUUGAUCGAAUCAAAGGAUAAAACCUACAAUUUCACCCAAGUCUUAAAAGAAAAAGGCUUACAAUUAGACCAUACGCCUUUGUUCGAUUUUAUCUGUGAAUUCUUACCGUAUCCUGAUCCAGAAUAUGUUCGUUUUGAUAUUCAAUCAAAGGAAGAUUUACAACUUUUCAGGUUAUUAUUAAAAUUGGCUCACAUCUCCAGACCGUUUUUCCCCAUGGGGCAGGAUAUCGUAUCGGAUUCAAUGAACAAAUUGUUGUCUAGUCUUGCUCCAUCCACAAUGCCAAUAGUACUACCAAUGAUCACUUCUUUUGUCCCUUUCCAUUUCCAAACAGAUUCCAACAAGAGCACAAAUUCUUUCAAUGCCAACAUCAGUAACGGUAAUAGUACAACAGAUUAUUUCCCAUUUUGUUUCUCUAUCUGGACUUCAGUAAGUCCCAACGUCGCAGUGGACACUCAUAUGUACGACUUUGUCGGUUCGACAUCAGAGAAUUUCCAUUCAAGGUUUGUUGUCUCAGAUAAGGAAAUCGAUCCAAUUUUGUUGGCCAGCUUUAAUCAGUAUGGACUGUUCACUAAAGAACAGAUGAUCUUUUUGUUUAAUAGAUUACAAGGUCACCUAAGAUCGGAUGGCCAAAUCCAUUCCUUUUCAAGAACUGUCAAACCUUUUAUAUAUUCCAUAAAUGGACAGCAUACAGAUUUUUUUUUCCAGUAUUUGACUAAUUUGAUUAAUUCAAUAGAGACCUUCGUGCAUCCUUCAAAUAAUGGGUUUUGGACUAGAAUUAUAGCUAAAUUUGUUCAUGGAUUCAUUAAAAUGUAUCAUAAAAGAUGGCAGACUGAACAACAGUUUAUUAAAGAUAAAUCUAUUCCAACACUAAAUCACAAAAUCUUUCUCACGAACGACAGUAAUGAACAAAUUGUUAAAAUAAUGUUGAAAAUUCUAAUGAUCGGAUCACAAAAUAAAGAUGCGGAUAUCGCCAACUAUCACAUUUCUAGUCUUGCCUAUUUAUUGAACUUAAACCCCAAAAAUUCACAUUUAAUAUUUGAUAGGGUUCUUAUCGAUAUCUACGACUCCUUUGCUGAAGAAUUUAUCAAUUCUAGACACAGAAUUAUCGCAUCUUUAAAGCAGUUCACAAGAAUUGUUAGAUACAUGGUAGUAGAUAAGCUUUAUAGAAUUCAUGUGAUUCAUAUCUUAUCAUUGUUGAUUCAGAAAAUAGACAUGAAUGAUAUGAAUCUGACCAGUAAUCUGAUUAAUGGAAUCGUAUCUAUAGCUACUUUUAUUCCAUUAGAAUGCCCUGUUAAAGAAAAUGAAAACAUUGAUUUUGAAUCCAAUACCGCUCCUCUAAUUGAACAACAUUUUGCGUUCCUAAAAGAUGAUCAUAACUCUUCUCAAUUUAAAUACGAUCCAGAUUUAUUAAUGAAUGCAUUUAGAGGCUCUACUACAAUUUUAAAGAACUGUCUAGCAGCAUACAUUAACAAGUUGUUCCAAAUGGUUGACGUUGAGAUAGAAGAUCCCUUGGCAACCAAAAUUAACCAAACAACAAUGAUCAUGAUCGAAUCUAUGGAUGAUUCAAUGUUUGAAUACUUUGCUGACUAUUUACAAAAGAUAUAUUGGGAUAAUGAUGCAUUUAGAGAAAGAGAACCAAAUUAUGAAAUUAUCUCUACUCCACUGGCUGCAUUAGUUAAAAGAAACAACAAAUUAAGUAAAAGUAUUAUUUCCAAUCUAAUGCACCAUAUCAAGCAACAAAUCGAAAGAGGUGCUGGUUCCGUGAGAAGCUCUUCUGAAAUCCAAUUAAGAGAUGUUAAGUUGGUUCUGUAUCUAAAUUCUAUUAACGAUGUUUUAAGACAAUCUCAUGAGACUAUUUUAGAAGUAAAGGAUGAAUUAAUUGAAUUUAUGAAAUAUGUUUAUGAGAAAAUUACGAAUCCACCACUAGAUGUAAUUACAUCAAUAAUGGUACACACAACUCUUACUACCCUAACUAUUACUGAAGUCGUUGAGUCUCGUUUGUUUGCACCUAACAGUAACAUUCCAUAUGAGGAAAAAUGGGGUGCUUUACAAUUCGAUAACAGAAAAUACGAUUCUGCCAACAUGAAUUUCCAAUGGUUUAUUCCUGAUGACAAGGAAAUUCAAGCUGGUAUUGAAAUAUUUGAUAAUAUCUCCUCUUGGUGCAUGGAAAAGAUUAACAAUUUACUAGAAUCAUCUAAAUCUGAUACUCUACAUUGUGAUACAAUCCAAAAGUUCAUUUUAAUUCUUUCCCAUGCAUUGUCUGGCAUAAGUUUGUUGUUUGAUCCUGAUUUUACUGAAAAUAAAUUAAAAAUUAGUGAAUUUAGUAAUGCUCUAGCUGAUUCUCAUAAGUAUUCCAUCUUGCAAAAUUUUAAUUCCAUUCAAUGGGAAGAAGAUGAUAAUAUUGAUAAUAGUGGGAAAGAGAACACACCUGGCUUUAAAAUUGAUAAUAUUAAUAUAACAAGAACUCCCACCAAUAAAGAAAAUUUAUUAAUAUUUGGUGGUGAUAAUCUUGCUGGUGAAAAUGUAUCUGAGGUUCCUUCAGGACUUUGUACUCCAGCACAUUUUGAAAGUACUGUUAUAAGAGAAGGUAGUGAUGAUAACGGUGCGGAACUAGCACCAGAGUUUAGAGAGCUAGAUAUAUUUACAUGUAAUUACUAUUUUGGCAAUACCUUCCAAGAAAAAUUACAGCAUAAACAAUAUUUUGAGAUACAUAAGAUAAGGUCGAAAAUAGGUGCCUUUUUGCACAAGUUAUAUGAAUUCAUUAGAACUUACCAUGAAAGUAACACUAUUAUGAAUCAGAUUAUUAUUCAUGGUGUUAAAGUUUUCUUCACUGACGUUGGCCAAGAAACAAUUUUUAACGAUGAUUCGAAUUUAUUUAUAGAGAGUGAUUUCCUAGAAAACAUUCAAUCAUUGGCUGAUGUUAAAGAACCAUAUACUAGGAUGUUUUUCGCAGUUAAAGUUAAUGAGUUACACCAAAACCGUGUUUUGCUUCAUUCUUCAAACAGAUAUCCUUCCAAAAUUGAAACUAGUUUAUUUAAGGAUAUGAUAGUUUUAUCUACAUCUUCAUAUCCUGAUAUUCACAACUCAGCUCAAGGAACCAUAACACAAUGUAUGAAACAAAUAAUCGGCUCUUACCCAAUGAUAAUAAGAUCACUUAUCAGUCUCCUUAAGGAGAAUUUGGAAGAGGGUAACACUAAGAGACUAGAAGUUACAAUCAAAAUGCUUCUUUUAAAAAAAAUUCACAGAAAAUUAAUGUUUGAUUUUAAGAAUCUGCAAACAUUGGUAUUGCUUUUAAUUGAUUGUUUAAAAGUUAAUGACUUGAACGUGUCUAUAGUUGCCGAGAAAGUUUUGAAUGAUUACGUUACAGGAUUAAAAUUCCCAUCUAGUGUAUGCAUCCAUGACAAACAAAUGUUUACUUCCAUUGAACCACCGGAUUUAGAUAUCACCUCAUAUGUUGGAACAGUAAAAACUUUAAAAAAUAAUAAAAGAAACUACUAUAUGUUUCUUAUUCAAUCAUUAAAAGAUUCAUUACUUGAUAUUUUAAGUGAAGCUGGUGAAAAGUCAUGGAGAUUAAUUUUAAUAAUAGUGAGAUUCAUUUCUAGAAUUGAAUCAAACUUAGAAAUUACCACUGAUGCUAAAUCUAUAUCAACACUUUUCAGACAAACUAAUGGUAAACAUCCAGAUAUCAUCUUCCUGGUUGCUAGAUCACUCACCACUAUUUUUAAUAAGAUCUUUUCUCUAUCUGAUUAUGAAUAUGAUAUCAAUAGGGCACAUCAAAAUAAAUAUGAUCCCAAAUAUAUUAAGAUAAUAGACACAAGUAUUGAUGCAUUUAAUGAAUCAUUUAAGAAAGAGAUGAACAAUGCAGAAUCACCGAAUUAUUAUAUCGAUGCCCCCCCAUAUGUUGGCUGGUUAUGUUGGGGAAGUCAAAUGAAAGUUUUGAUUAAUAAACCCUUAGAUAUUAAAUUACAAGCAAAUGAAAUUGAAAUUGUAAAAACAUUAGGCAAUAUGAUUACCAAAGAAUGGUUACAUGAAUUUACAAAUACUUUAAUCCAAGACAAUGAAUCUCGUACAGUUUUCAGUACUGGGGAUGUUUCUUUCUUUGUGCUAGUUGUUAUUCUAUUUUCUAAAAAUUUUACUCAAAAUAUAAGUUUACAAGAUCUAUUUGAUAUAUGUGAUAAAUGCUAUGAUAGAUAUGACAAAUCUUCAAUGAUUAUGUCUGUUGAAAUUUUUGCUGCUUUAAUAUGUGGUAGCAAAUAUUUAUCAAAAAAAGAACUAGACUUAUUAAAUGAUUUUAUUAAUAAAUAUUUGGCAAAAUAUGUCAAGCAUGACCUGAACCAAGAUUCAUUUGAGAUCUGGAGCACUUUUUGUUGGUGGAUACCAACCACUAUUGAUAUUAGAAGAUGUAAAACAUUAUUGGCUAAUUUAGGUGAUGUAAAUGAAUUAUUCCUUGAUGCUAAUCAAGACACAGUGGCUCAUCAGGCAUCAAGAAUCUUAAUGUAUAGAAAUAUUUUGUCUGGUAUUGGACUACGGUCACCUGAUCUUUCACAAUUACUAGAACAUAUCAGAUUUGAUUAUCAACAUGAUCAAAUAAGAUCUGCCACUGCCAAAUUAUUUGCUGCUAUAAUUGAGAAUGAAUGCACACCUUCAUUAAACAACUCCAAAACCCUAUUACACGUUGAAAAUGAGACAGAUAAUCGUACAGGGCUAGGAUUACCAUUGAAACAUGUAUCCAAAAGGUUAGAUAAAGUAAUUAGAAUGCUGUUUAACGAGAUUGAUAUUGAAUAUGAAAAGUUGGAAGAUUUAUCAUCACAAGAGAUUUUAAAGACAAGAUAUUUCUAUUUAUCAUCUUCUAUAUUUUAUUGGAUCGAAGAAAUGACAAGUGGAUCUAAUAAAGUCAUUAUUAUUCCAUAUAUUGCAGAAUAUAUUUUACCAUUUUUAAUGAGGUUUUUAUUACAAAAAGAUGUUUGUAAAUUGGCUGGAUUAGAUGUUGCCACUUUAUUCCUGGCAAUAGCUUACAUCCCAUCAAGAAAAGACAACAUCGAUGACAUACUAAAUCUAAUCUGUGAUUUCGAGAUUUUCAAUUCUGCACCAUCGUCAUAUCAAUUGAAGUUACAAAUUGCAUUUGUUGAACAUUAUCUGUCAUCUCAACUAUUACAACUGACUGAGGCACAAAGAAACAAAAUCACGGACUUCAUUGUAAUGAAUAUUUAUAACGAACAAUACGUGGAAGUACGCGAUCGUGCAGCAGAUGUAUUAUCCGAUAUUGUGCACAACAUCGAUAAUGAGGCAGAAUUACAAAAAUUGAUCCAUAACUUCAGCUCUAAAUUGGAUGGAUACACAUGGGAAGAAAAGCAAAAACUUUCUAAAAGUAACACAAUGAUCCAUGGUAGUAUUAUUGGAUUAGGUUCAAUCAUAUCUGCUUUCCCAUAUGUGUUUCCCUUACCAAGAUGGAUACCGAAAGAAUUAUCUCGAUUAUCCUCAUGGGCCAGAACUAGUGGUAUUGUUGGUAAAUCAGCAAAAAACAUUAUCUCUGAAUUUAAAAAAGUACGAACUGAUACUUGGUAUUUUGAUAGGACACAAUUUACAGAUGAAGAAUUAGAAGAUUUAGAAGGUGUCUUAUGGAGGAGUUAUUAUGCAUAA